AUGGACAGCGGCGACGCAGUUUCUGAAGGUCAAGAUGGUGACAAGGGCUCUAAGGUCCAAACAUCGGCGAGCAUGGCGAGCACGGUCAAAGAGCCGGAGAAUGAGACUUUGGAGAAGGCAAGGAACAGCUACGUACAUGCUCUGCUCAGUCACAAGCGUAAACGAGGCGAAGACGAGGUCUCUGAGCUGGAGGACCUGCGAAAGAAGUUCGCGCGACAAGAAAAGGAAAACGCCAGCCUUCGUCAGGACGUCGAGAAGUCCAAGUCUGACAGCGAGCUGCUGAAGGAGCUGAAGGGGCGGUGGAAACACUUCGCGGCGAGGAUCAAGAGCUAUGAAGAUACCAUCAUGAAGUACGCGAAGUCCGCCGAAGCCUGCAAGCCGAUCAUUCUGGACGCUAUCGAGAGCAAAUGGUACGCAGAGCUAGGCGGUCAUGACGACAAGGAACGCAAGUUGCUGGCGGCCGAGAAGGCUCGUGCGGAUUACAAGGAGCUGUUCGAAGUUUCAGACACCGCACUAUCAAAGAAAUGA